AUGGGCAUGGGAAGGCGGCUCCUCGUCGUCUCCCUCGCAAUCAUCUCCCUCGCUCUCAUGUUCAACUCGUCUUCACUCAUAUCCAUUCUCCCACUCUCGCGUACAAUGUCGACCUCUGCCCCAGCCCCACGCGUCAUCGUCGUCGGCUCAGGCUUAGCCGGCCUCUCUGCAGCUUACAUGGCACUCGAGCGCGGCGCGCCAGUGCACCUCCUCGAUCGCGCGCCCAAGCCUGGCGGCAACUCGAUCAAGGCGAGCUCGGGCAUCAACGGCGCUGGCACGCCCGCCCAGGCCGCGGCUGGUAUCUCUGAUUCACCAGAGAUCUUCAUGGCUGACACGACCAAGAGCGCGGGCGAGCGCUACCGCGCACCUGAGCAGGUCGUCGACCGUGCCGCUCUCAUCCGCAAGCUCUCUGCGGAGAGUGCAGCCGCCGUCGCGUGGCUAGUCGACGACAUUGGCGUCGACCUCAGCGUGGUCGCCGUACUCGGCGGGCAUAGCGUGCCCCGCACUCACCGCGGAGGAGGCAAGCUGCCGCCAGGUGCGGCCAUCGUCAUGGGCCUCCUGAACAAGCUUAAGGAGAACCCGAACUUCACUCUCUCCUCUGGCGCUGAAGUGACCGACCUCAUGGUCGACAGCGGCGCAGUCAAGGGCGUCAAGUACACGCGCGAUGGUCAGGCUGCCAACCUUGACGGAGCAGUCGUCUUCGCAGCCGGCGGGUUUGCAGGUGACCGUACUCUGCUCGCCCAGCACCGCCCCGACCUGGCGGGGAUGCCUAGCACAAACGAUGACAGGCCCGGCGCCCACGCGCUGCUCGCCAACCUCGGCGUCCCCCUACUCGACAUGGACAGCGUGCAGGUGCACCCGACCGGCUUUGUGGACCCCGCGAACGUGACCGCGCCAAUCAAGUUCCUUGCUGGCGAGAUGCUUCGUGGAGAAGGCGGCAUCCUCCUGGGACCCGAUGGCAAGCGUUUUACCAACGAGCUCGGCACGCGCGCCAAGGUGUCUGGUGCGAUCAUGGCGCGCGACCCCGAUGCGAGCGACGUCGGAACGAAGCAGUGGGCGACGACGAUUGUGCUGGACCCCGGGGCGAGCGAGGCGGCAAAGUCGCACAUCGGGUUCUACGCCUUCAAGGGCCUGCUGCGCAAGGUGCGUGUGUCUGACCUGGACCCUGCGGUUCGCGCUAGCGUGGACGAGUACGCUGCCACCGUGCAGAGCGGGUCGGAGGAUCCCUUUGGCCGCCGCUCGUACGGUAAAUGGACCCUUAAGCCCGGAGACGGAGACGCCGAGGUCUACAUUGGCCAGGUGACGCCGGUGACACACUUUACGAUGGGCGGAGCAGCUAUCAACACGGGCGCUCGCGUCCUCCGCCCAGAGGGCGGGGAUAUGACCCCCGUACCGGGUAUCUGGGCUGCGGGCGAGAUCACAGGCGGCGUGCACGGCGACAACCGCCUCGGAGGGAGCAGUUUGCUCGAGUGUGUUGUGUUCGGACGUACUGCAGGCACGGCGGCCGCGGCAGACGUCAAGCGUGACUAG